CCCGCCUAUCAAUCCGCCAACCGGUCACUUGCCAUCCUCUUCCCCCUUCCAUCCUCCAUCUCUUCCUUGAAUCUGUGUUAUUUAGAUUCAUUUUCAUCUCAUUUCAAUAAAUCCAUCUUUUGUUGGGUCUAUUGAACCCUCCAAUCGGUUCUCUCCCGCCGUCCUAUCUGUUGCGCGGUUGGAGCUCCGUUCAGUGGCGUAUCACCCGUUUGCCUGUUCGGUUGCCACAGCUCUCACGUUCGAUAUCUGUUUAUCAUUAUCAUCAGAAGCAUCUACUUCACAUUCAUCAUGAAGUUACUUGCCUCGACUCUUUUGCUAGGGGCUGCCUCUGCUGCAGUUGCACCGCAGCAGCAGGUCUUCCAGGCUCCCAAGCCGGCGACUGGAGCUUGGUCCAAGCCUCUCCACUCCCUGCAGGACUCGCUGAAGUCCCUCUCCGCCGAGGCUCGCGCGGCCUGGGAUGAGGUUUCUGCACUAUUCCCUGAAGCCAUUGAGCAAGCUACCUUUUUCUCCUCCCCUAAGCCGCACUCCCGCCGACCCGAUCACGAAUGGGAUUUCGUGAUGAGAGGUGAGGAUGUCCAGAGCGUCUGGGUCCAGAACUCCAAAGGCGAGAAGGAGAGAGAGGUUGGCGGAAAGCUAGAGAACUAUAACUUGCGGACAAAGAAGGUCGAUCCGAGUGAGCUCGGCAUUGAUCCUGGUGUAAAGCAGUACAGUGGUUAUCUUGACGACGAAGAGGAGGAUAAGCAUCUCUUCUACUGGUUCUUUGAGUCUCGGAACGACCCCAAGAAAGACCCCGUUAUUCUAUGGCUCAACGGUGGUCCCGGAUGUUCCUCCCUGACUGGUCUUUUCAUGGAGCUUGGACCAUCCUCGAUUGACGAAAACAUCAAGCCUGUCUGGAACCCAUACUCUUGGAACAGCAAUGCCUCGGUCAUUUUCCUUGACCAGCCUGUCAAUGUUGGCUUCUCCUAUAGUGGUGGCUCCGUCAGCAACACGGUUGCCGCCGGCAAGGACGUGUAUGCUCUCCUAACCCUUUUCUUCAAGCAAUUCCCCGAGUACGCUCAUCAGGACUUCCACAUUGCCGGUGAAUCGUACGCGGGUCACUACAUUCCCGUCUUUGCUUCUGAGAUUCUGUCUCACAAGAAGCGCAACAUUAACCUGAAAUCCGUCCUCAUUGGCAACGGUCUUACCGAUGGCUUGACCCAAUAUGAGUACUACAAGCCCAUGGGAUGUGGAGAGGGCGGCUGGCCCGCUGUUCUGGACGAGGGCACUUGUGCUGCCAUGGAGAAGUCUUACCCUCGCUGCGCCAAUCUCAUCCAGGGCUGCUAUGACAGCGGCAGUGUCUGGUCUUGUGUCCCCGCCUCUAUCUACUGCAAUAAUGCUCUGAUUGGCCCCUACCAGCGCACUGGACAGAACGUCUAUGACGUGCGAGGCAAGUGCGAAGAUGGCAACCUUUGCUACAAGCAGCUUGGCUGGAUCAGCGACUACCUGAACGAGCCCAAGGUGCAAAAGGCCCUUGGUGCUGAAGUCUCUGGUUACGACAGCUGCAACUUUGACAUCAACAGAAACUUCUUGUUCCAGGGAGACUGGAUGCAGCCUUUCUUCCGUCUCGUCCCUAGUCUCUUGGAGGAGAUUCCUGUCCUCAUCUACGCUGGUGACGCCGAUUACAUCUGCAAUUGGCUCGGCAACAAGGCCUGGACCGAGGCUCUCGAGUGGCCUGGCAAGGCCGCGUACAACAAGGUUGCCCUCGGCGACCUUUCUCUCUCCGAUGACGGCUCCAAGAUUGGCCAGGUCAAGUCCAGCGGGAACUUUACCUUUAUCCGUCUUCACGCUGGUGGACACAUGGUUCCCUUUGACCAGCCCGAGGCCAGCUUGGACAUGCUCAACCGCUGGCUUGACGGCGAGUGGGUUGCGUAAGCUCUGACUGUCAAUAUGUCAAGCUGUCAAGCAAACCUUGAAAGAAGUAGCAUUUUUUAUAUAGAUGGUCAAUGGCCACGCAUUUGUGUAGAAUGAAGUCGCUGGAAAGGGUUAUUUUUAUAUAGGAUAUGUUUAAAUUAGUUUAGGAAUUGUUACUCUGCAUUACCUUUUUUCUCAAUAUAGCCCAGACUGUCUAUUCACGUUUUCCUCAUCAUCUUAUCAUCGUAAGAAGAUGUGUCUUGAUCCAUUCAGAAACCCUAUGAAAGUAUCUUUGGUCGAUUGGCAUUCGAUAAUAUCGAGGGGAUCAUUCUGUCCAUUGUUGGACAGUGUGUAACAUAGGUAUCUUAGGUGUAGUCAUGCCUCACCGAUUCCUCUUCAUAUCCAUGACUUGUCUCCUCC